AAGAAAAAUCGUAUACUAUGUAUCGAUGAAGCAACUGCUAAUGUCGAUCUGAAAACUGACGCUAUUAUCCAACGGACAAUUCGUAAACAAUUUAUUGAGUGCACUGUACUAGUUAUCGCUCAUCGUAUAAGUACUAUAAUAGAUUGUGAUCGAGUUAUGGUGUUAGAUGCAGGAAAACUUGUCGAAUUCGACUCACCUCAUAAACUAUUAGAAUUAGAUAGCUAUUUCAGUAAGUUAGUAGCCGAGACGGGUAUUGAAGAAAGUAAAAAUUUACGU